AUGGAUGUCACACAGAAAGCAGAUGACUGGUCGGUUUUACGGGACGCGGUCGAACGACGGCGUAUCCAGAACCGUGUCGCUCAGCGCAAUUAUCGCAGAAAGAGGAAGGAGCUGCUCGAGCAACAGCGGCAAGAGACAGAGAAUGCUCCGUCGUGUCAUUGCUCCGUCUCGGGUCCCGAGUCUAACAGUUCUUCCAGCACUUCCACGACUCACGGUAGCAGCAGCGGCAGCAGCAGCAGCGAUAGGAAUACUAAUCCUGAGAGCUGCAGCAGCAACGACAACAGUUGUAGCGACUAUCUAGACUCGACAAUGUACACCAGUCCUAGCCAACACAUGUCGCAGAUGUGUCUCGGCACAGAUCCCGGAUGCAAAGAUCAAGCUCCUUUCUUCGCUCCUAUACCCAACAACGCUUCGGCGGCACAUUCCACCAACCCCACCGGAUCGGGGGAAAGUGUCCAAUUUUCUCAUUACGACGAGUUACAAAAUUACAGUCCUCCAUGUCAGAUGCAAGACGGUCCACUAGCGUUUGGUCUCGUCAACACAUCCGUGACCAUCGCCAAGCAUGGGGAGUUGGGACAGUACGAAGAACUUUUCGAAGACUCUUGGUCUGAAGAUAACCGGCAGGCGAGCCCAGCAUUGGCCAACAACCAAACGCUAGCCUUGCCGGCGUCAGACGCCCGCUCAACAGACGCAUCGCGAGACUGGAGGCCGGCUGACGGGCUGACUGCGCUACACACGGCCGCCUUUUUUGCGCACGAGUCCAUCAUCGGCAUGAUGCUCGACAAGGGCGCAGACAUCGAGGGGACCAGCUCGGCGGGCCUGACGGCACUCCACAUCGCCUCGCUUCGGGGAUGUCACGGCGUCGUCGCGCUCCUGCUGAGGCGCGGGGCCUACAUUGAGUCGAGGGACGGGGCUGGGCAGACGGCACUCUACCUGGCGGCACGCGAAGGCCAUGGCGCGACGGUGCAGGCGCUGCUCGAUCACCGGGCGUUUCUGGAGGCAGUGGACCACCGGGGAUCGACGCCGCUCCACGCUGCGGUACGGGGUGGGUGGGAAGAGGUUAUCCAGCUCCUGCUCAACAGCGGAGUCAAGGUAAACGCAAAGGACAGCAGCGGGAGGACAGCACUGCAUCUAGCGGCUGAGAACGGCCGAGACGGGGUUGUGCGGAUGCUGCUGGCGAGGGGAGUCGAUAUUGAUGCCAAGACGAAGUGA